AUGGCUCGAGGCAUCGAAGGCAACGAGAUCUCCACCCCACGAGUCCCCAAACUUCAGAAAUCCGCCUCGUCGGCAUCACAAUCAGGAAAGCAACAGAAGAGCAUCCUAGGCUUCUUCCAGCGAAAGACGGCGCCUGCUUCAUCACCUGCUGCUCCAAACAGUACCGCAGCUGCUUCAAGCCCUCCACCACAGUCUUCGCCCGCUCCUGCCAGUUACAAUGGUAAAGAGAAUGGUGUGCUGCCAGUGCCACUAGAGAAGCCAUCGAUUCCCUCCUCGAGCCCUGUUCGCAAUGGAAAGAAAAAGGUCAACUAUGCCGAGUCUGACGAUGAAGAUGAUGAGCCUGUCCUUCGACAACGCUCCAGCAAUACCGCCGCACGCUCUACCAAGAGGAGGAAACUGGACGACGACUCUGAUGAUGAUUUUGCCAUGGAUGAUGCUACUGAAGCCCUCAUGGCUGCUGCUGAUGAGGCUGAUAUGCAAGAUUUUGUUGUCGAUGAUGACGCCUCGGAAGACGACGCUCCUGUCAAACGUAAGAAGUCCACACAGCCGCGGAAGCCUUCCAAACAGCCAUCUCCCAUCGCAGAAGAUGAACCAAGUCAAAGUCCGGAGAUGCCAUCGACCUCGACGGCUCAGCAAUGGAACUUCGAUCCAGAUACCGUCCAGCCAUACGCUUCCAGGAAGACGCCUCAACGCAAACCACAAACGGGUCCGGCCAAAAAACAAAAGGCUCACAUGUCAGAGCCCGAUGCUCGUUAUCCCUGGUUAGCCGACAUCAUGGAUGCAGAACGCAACAGGCCCGGCACUCCAGAGUACGAUCCACGCACUUUAUUCAUUCCUCCUUUGGCGUGGUCCAAAUUCUCUCCUUUCGAGAAGCAGUACUGGGAAAUCAAAUGCAAGUUUUGGGAUACCAUCGUUNUUUUCAAGAAAGGAAAGUUCUACGAGCUGUACGAGAACGAUGCUACCAUUGGUCACCAACUGUUUGACUUGAAGAUGACUGAUCGUGUCAACAUGCGUAUGGUCGGUGUCCCCGAGGCUUCGCUCGACCACUGGGCCAAUCAGUUCGUCGCCAAAGGUUUCAAGAUUGCCAGAGUCGACCAGAUGGAGACUGCCCUUGGCAAAGACAUGCGUGAAAGAGAUGAAAAGACCGGCAAGGGUGGUAAGCCGAAANAGGAAGAGAAAGUCAUUCGUCGUGAGCUGGCCUCCGUCUUGACUUCUGGUACUCUCGUCGAUGGUGGCAUGUUGCAGGACGACAUGUCAACUUACUGUGCUGCCAUCACAGAACGUGAGGUGGAUGGAUUGCCGGCCUUUGGUAUUGCUUUCGUCGAUACUGCAACAGCCCAGUUCCAGCUUUGCGACUUUGUUGAUGAUGUUGACAUGACCAAGUUUGAGACUUUUGUCGCCCAAACGAGACCUGGCGAGCUUCUUCUCGAGAAGUCGUGCAUCUCGUCAAAGGCCGUACGUAUUCUGAAGAACAACACCAGCCCCACGUGUCUCUGGAAUUACCUCAAGCCGGAAAAGGAAUUCUUAACUGCCGACAAGACUGCGCUCAAGAUCACUGGAGAGCACUACUUCAAAUCUGACGACAACGAGGGUGAUGAUGCCUGGCCUGCCAUACUCAAAGAAGCUAGGGAGAAGGAAUUGUGCUUCUCCGCCCUUGGUGCAUUGAUCUGGUAUCUUCAGACGCUCAAGAUUGAGCGUGAUUUGAUAUCGCUUGGCAACUUCACCUGGUACGACCCGAUUAGAAAGGCAUCCAGCCUUGUACUCGACGGACAGAGUUUGAUCAACCUUGAGAUAGNNAUCUUUGCAAACAGUUAUGAUGGUGGUGUUGAGGGUACACUUUUUGCCAUGCUCAAUCGCUGCAUCACGCCUUUCGGUAAGCGUAUGCUGCGCCAAUGGGUCUGUCAUCCUUUGGCAGAUACCACCAAGAUCAAUGCAAGACUCGAUGCUGUAGAGGCACUCAACGCCGAUCUCACCAUCACUGACCGCUUCACUGCGUCUCUGUCAAAGAUUCCCGAUCUUGAACGUCUCAUCUCCCGCAUCCACGCAGGUAGAUGUAAGGCUACAGACUUUGUCAAGGUCUUGGAAGGCUUUGAGCAGAUAGAGUACACCAUGAGCCUGCUCUCAAGCUUUGGUGAGGGCGAAGGUGUUCUCGGACAGCUCAUCUCAUCGAUGCCCGAUCUUGCUGGAGCACUUGCUCACUGGACUGAUGCCUUCGACCGCGAACAGGCANAAGACUCGAAUUUGCUUGUGCCCAAGCCAGGCGUUGAAGAAGACUUUGACGAAAGCCAAAACACUAUCGAGAAUAUCGAAAGCCAGUUACAGUCUUUACUCAAGCGUUGUCGGGACGAACUAGGCACUUCAGCUGCCAAGUAUGUCGACAAUGGUAAAGAAAUCUACCAGAUCGAAGUCCCAGUCAAGACCAAAAACAUUCCAAAGAAUUGGAAGCAGAUGUCGUCAACCGCCAAAGCAAAACGUUACUACUUCCCUGAGCUGGAGAGUCUAAUUCAAGACUUGAAAGAAGCACAAGAAACACACGGACAGAUCGUCAAGCAAGUUGCUGGUAGAUUCUACGCUCGCUUCGAUCAAGACUACGCUAUCUGGCUCGCUGCAGUAAAGAUUGUUGCUCAUCUUGACUGUCUAAUCUCUCUGUCCAAAGCAUCUGCCUCGCUCGGAGAACCAAGCUGCAGACCUGAGUUUGUUGACUCCGAGCGUAGUGUGCUCGAGUUCUCCGACCUUCGUCAUCCUUGCAUGCUCAACACGGUCUCAGACUUUAUUCCCAAUGACAUUGCCCUUGGCGGCGACAACCCGAGCAUCGAUCUCUUGACCGGUGCCAACGCGGCUGGUAAGAGUACUGUGCUGCGCAUGACCUGCAUUGCUGUCAUCCUGGCUCAAGUCGGCUGUUUUGUGCCCUGCGUUGCAGCGCGUAUGACUCCAGUUGACCGCAUCAUGUCUCGUUUGGGCGCCCACGACAACAUUCUGGCUGGCCAGAGUACGUUCAUGGUGGAAUUGAGCGAAACGAAGAAGAUCUUGUCCGAAGCUACACCUCGCUCGCUGGUGAUUCUCGAUGAACUUGGCCGUGGCACUAGCAGUCACGACGGUGUCGCCGUUGCACAAGCAGUACUUCACCACGUCGCUACACACACUGGCUGCAUUGGUUUCUUUGCUACCCACUACCACUCUCUUGCAGCAGAAUUUAGCUCGCAUCCAGAGAUCUCGCCCAAACGCAUGGCUAUUAUGGUAGAUGACACUGAACGCCGCAUCACCUUCCUGUACAAGCUCGAGCCUGGUGUGGCAGAAGGCAGUUUCGGUAUGCACUGUGCAGCUAUGUGCGGUAUCCCCGAUGCCGUCAUCCAGCGUGCAGAGGAUGCGGCCAAGGAGUGGGAGUACACGGGACGCCUCCAAGUGCGCGCAGAAGAGCGCAAGGAUGGAGAGCUGCCCCUCGGGUUGCUCAGCGAUAUUGCAUGGAUGCUCAAAACUGCCGAUGAAGCUGUUCCUGAAGGUGAAGAAGGUGUGGGCGAGCGUGGUCUUGAGGUGCUGAGAAGAACCAUUGCUGCAUUGUAA